AUGCCUCCUUUUCCUUGCAAAAUCAGUAAAAGAAGAAGUAAAAUAAUAUGCACAAUCUCCUUCCAUCUCACCUUCUACUUGUCUUGUCUCUUGCUUCACCAGGGUGCAGUGAUCACGCCAGCUAUGGACCACACUAUGUCCAUGCAGCCUGCCAGCAUGAUGGGCCCUAUCACCCAGCAGAUGAACCAUCUGUCCCUGGGCACUACAGGAAGUUACAUGACUGCUGCAGCCGCCGCGGCGCCUAUGCAAGGGACCUACAUUCCCCAGUACACUCCUGUGCCUCCAACAGCCGUCCCUGUCGAAGGAGUGGUGACGGACGCCUCCCCCCAGACAGUGGCUCCCUCGUCACAGGAGGUGGCUGGCCAGCAGCAACAGAUCCAGGUGGACAGUGCUGCCGACCAUGUUCCUGCUUACUCAUACCAGUCCAAGUAA